AUGCACGCCUCCAAGGCGAAGCAUCAGAACUUCCAGGCUAGGAAAUAUGAGAGACCUGGUCUGAAGCAGGAUGAGAUUGAGGAAAUCAAAGAGGCCUUCGAUCUCUUUGACACUGAUCAGUCGGGCGAGAUUGAUCUCAAGGAGCUUAAGGCGGCCAUGCAGUCACUGGGCUACGAGAGCAAGAACGACACGAUCUUCACCAUGCUUGCUGAACUUGACAAGGAUGGGAAUGCUUCGCUAGAUUUCGAGGAAUUCCUGGAUUUGAUGUCUGGCAAGGAGGGGAAGGAAGAGAAGGAUACCAAGGAGGAAAUCGACAAGAUCUUCAGACUGUUUGAUGUUGAAGGCAAAGGCCACAUAGAUGUGAAGGAUGUCCAGAAGGUCUGCAAAGAGCUAGGCGAGCGGUUGACCAACGAGGAGAUUACAGAGAUCGUGCGAAGGGCCUGCCAAGAUGAGUCCAAGGGCGAAAUCACGGCCGAGGACUUUUAUGUGGUCAUGACCAAGAAGAUUGUGGCCGCUGAAACUAUGCGGACACUGGGAACCGACGAGUGUGCUCGGCCCGCAGCUUUCGGCGGCAUCUCGGCCUUGGUGCUGCUUGUGGUGCUGCAGUCCAGCCGAGAGGCAGACUUCCUGCAGCGGCUGGACCCAGUGGCCUCGGUCGAGGCACCAAGUCCUGGACCAAGCGCGGCUUCCAAGCUGCUGCCCGGUUCACAAGUAGACACUCCGGCUUCCUUUCCUUUUGCUUCAGCUCCGGCUGCGCCUUCAGCUCCACAAGCUCCCAGACCGAGUCCAGCUCCGCCUUUGAUCAGUUCACCUCCAAAGAUCGAGGUGGCAGAGACCUCUUCCGGACGAACCGACGAAGAACGCCGCGUCCUGGAAGUGGCUCGGAGGCGUGCGGGCGUGUACGCAGAUAAGGGGGCGCACCCCGAGUUUGCCAAUGUGUUACUGCUGACCGCAGCGAACUAUGCAUACUUCACGAUCUACCAAAACUGGCGCUGCAAUGCGGAAAGGCACGGCUUGGAUUGGGCAGUGGUUGCCAAUGACCAGGAAGCGUUCGACAAUCUUGGAGCUGACCGUGCCCUGCUGGCCAUCGGCGAGAAGGUCAGCGGCAUGAACGGCUGGGGCAGUGCCAAGCUGGACAGUGUGGGCCGGAACAAGAUGUUCAUGGUUCUCACCAUCAUGAGGCUUUCAGGCCUGGGCGUUGUAUUCACCGACGCGGACAACAUGUUCCGUGGUGAUCCGUUUGCGAAAGGUGUGCAUUUGGGAGAUCUGAUUCGUGCUGAGAAGUAUGACUACGUCUACCAGGAGGAGCUUGCUAAGGCACCGGAGAAAGGCCAUGUUGUGCCCGGCGACGGGGGCAACACUGGCUUCUUCUAUGCCACACCGCGGAGGAAGGCAAAGGUUUUGUCUCUUUUCGAAGAUGUCGUCGCAGAGGUGGACCGCCAACGAGAAGAGGCUUUCAAGAGAAGUGGCGAACGCCUUGGAGCAGACCAACCGAUUUUUUGGCAGGUCAUCCAAAAGCUGCGAAGCACAGGCGGAAAAUCUGGUCCGGGAGGGUUCAGAUGUGUUCGUCUCUGUAAGCACAAUCCCACCUGUGUCGCUGAGUUCGAAGACACUCUGGAUUACUGCUCCAUGGAUCCCUUUAUCCAUCCAACUGGGUGGGACGAGCCUCCACAGACUUUGGUCACUUACCAUGCCAACUAUGCUGCCAACGAAGCCAAAAUUGCAAAGCUGCAAACUGCUGGAGUCUGGGGUGCACUCAAGGACUCGAGAAAUGACUUGAUGCAUGUUGGUGACAACGAAGAACGCCGCGUCCUGGAAGUGGCUCGGAGGCGUGCGGGCGUGUACGCAGAUAAGGGGGCGCACCCCGAGUUUGCCAAUCUGUUACUGCUCACCGCAGCGAACUAUGCAUACUUCACGAUCUACCAAAACUGGCGCUGCAAUGCGGAAAGGCACGGCUUGGAUUGGGCAGUGGUUGCCAAUGACCAGGAAGCGUUCGACAAUCUUGGAGCUGACCGUGCCUUGCUGGCUAUCGGCGAGAAGGUCAGCGGCAUGAACGGCUGGGGCAGUGCCAAGCUGGACAGUGUGGGCCGGAACAAGAUGUUCAUGGUUCUCACCAUCAUGAGGCUUUCAGGCCUGGGCGUUGUAUUCACCGACGCGGACAACAUGUUCCGUGGUGAUCCGUUUGCGAAAGGUGUGCAUUUGGGAGAUCUGAUUCGUGCUGAGAAGUAUGACUACGUCUACCAGGAGGAGCUUGCUAAGGCACCGGAGAAAGGCCAUGUUGUGCCCGGCGACGGGGGCAACACUGGCUUCUUCUAUGCCACACCGCGCCUCAACAAGAAGAUAGUAGACCUGUUUGGUGCUGUCGUGACCGAGGUGGAUCGCCAACGAGAGGAGUCAUUUCGCAAGCAUGGAGAGCGCAUUGGAGCGGACCAGCCCAUCUUUUGGCAAGUGGUUCAAGUUCUCCGUUCAACGGGUGGCAAAACUGGGCCAGGCGGUUUUCGAUGCGUCAAGCUCUGCAAUCAAAGCCCAACCUGCCAAGCAUCAGACGAAGAUACAUUGCAGUAUUGCUCUAUGGACGCCUUCAUGCACCCGACAGGGUGGGAAGAACCUCCGCCAGAGCGUGUAACCUACCAUGCAAAUUAUGCUGCGAACAACGACAAGAUUGCUAAGCUGCAGAAGGCUGGCGUGUGGAAUGCGUGGUCAGAAGAAGCUGGACGUUGCAAACAAACUGUAGCAGUGAUGUUGCCUGCUCAAGCAGCAACUUCUUCGCCGAACAUGUCGCCAGCGCUCGACUGCCUGCGGCGCUCCACGGGCUCUCUGCAAGAACUGCGAUAUCCCAAUGAUGCAGAGCUCCACUUCCAAGAGAUUCGGCAGGCACUGAGCCCUUGGUUUGACUACGCAGCGAAGAAGUUCAUGGCAGACAUGAAAAAUCCAUAUCACUGUGGUGAAGGCUACUGUGGCCCGUGGAUUGAAAACAGGUGGAUUUCACGCUUCCUGGAAGGCUGGGACCGGCGGCAGCCUGGUGUGCAGCUUUCUGACAUGUUCGGGCCAUACAUCCCAGUUUUCAUGACCUAUGUGGACCUGUGGGUUGCCAAUGUCUUUGAGUACGAGGCGAUGAUCGCAAAGCUGAAGGAGACGGUGAGGCCUACUGUAGCUUAUAUCACUGUCGUCCAGCACGACACUGGCAUGGUCUCCAGCCGAGACAAGCUUGUCAAGCUGAUGCAGGAAAUACCGAACGUCCUGGUGUUGAGUGCAGGCGGCUAUGGCCACGUUCCGAUUCCGCUCUUCAAGCAGCCCGAGGACUUGCUGAGCAAGCGUUUCUUCAAGAAUAUGGCCGACAGAGAUCUGCUGACAUCAUACAUGGGUUCGGAUCACAAUGCGCCCAAGGACAUGCGGAAAAAGAUGAUCAAACUGGUGAACAAAGAAGCGGAACGGAUGGGCGUACAGGUGAAAACCGGUUUCGGCAGCGCCGAUGAAUGGCACCAAGUGGCGGGAAAUUCAAAGGUGAGCCUCUGUCCGCGUGGCUACGGACGAACCGCGUUUCACCUUUUUGAAAUACUGCAGCUUGGCCUCAUUCCCGUGCAUGUCUACCUGGACAUUCCCUGGAUACCCUACGCAGAUCUCUUUGCCAACAUCGGCUUCUCAAGCGAUGUCAAAGGGCUCCCUACAGUCAUGAAGACGGUGCAGAGCAUGGACAACGAUGCACUGGCUAGCAUGGAGGUGGCCUUGGGCCGUGUCUUCCUUGCUGUGGCCAUGGCCGGCGCCCUCUUCGGCCUCCUGUGCAGCCUUGGCUACCAGCCACUGUCUGCUCCGGAAGCUGAUUCACCUUAUGGCCUGUUCGAUGACAUCAGGUUUUUGUCCAGCUUUGGUUUGGGCGUGGGGAUCUGCUGCUGGGCGGACAGCGGGAAGGCUCUAUCGCCACAGCAGUAUGUUGUCUCACUGAUCGGCUUCAUGCUGUGA